AUGGGUGGCAGAGCGACGGUAGCGCUGGUGGCGCUGGUGUUGUGCGCUACGCUCGCGGCCGGCGCCCAGGACGACGACUACGACGACUACGGCCUCACGUCGCUCAUGAAGAAGGUCAGCGGCCACAAGAACCACCACCACCACGUGGGGCACCAGGACCACUUCUGGCACUACCUGGCGCUGCUCACCAUCAAGGCCAAGGUGGUGUUCGUGGCGGUGCUAGUGGCGCUGGGAGCCUGGGUAUUCUUCUACUACGGCCACCCCAAGUGCUCCUGCCCCGCGCUGCCACCACCGCCGCACCACUAUCCGCACGACUUCCCGGACCGCAAGGGCCGCUCCCUCGAGCAGGAGGUGCGCCUUGCCGCGCGCGUCGCCGACGGCAUCGGCUCCAGCUACACGGAGAACCAGGCGAGCGACGCCGGGAACGGUUCGUGCAAGAGAAGGCUGCUGUGCGAACUCAAGCAACUGAACGCCAGUCAGCCGGCGCUCAGCUACGCCACCAGGCUGUUCAGGCUGGAGACGCGAAACAUUGGCCUUCACGACUUCGCUAAAGAUGAAGUAAAACGCUGCGAUCUAUUGUACCCGGACUGUGUCUGGUAGUUUUGGUCUUUGUUUUGUUAUUUAAGUAAUUAUCCUUCAGUUUGCUUGUUAAAUUUGUUAUUUUUCCCAAACAGAUGUUAUUUAUAUUUUUAAUUAAAUUAUUUUAUGUAAAUUUAAAAAUAUUAAAAAACAUUAUAUGUGUUAUACGUGAAAAUUAACAAAUACUUACAACUUUUGUACGAGAAAAUAAAUUCCUAAAAAUGCCAUCGAAAGACCAAGGAAAUGUUAGUAGGUCUAUAUUAAUAAUUUUGUCAUUAAUAUCGAAGUUUGUCACCGGUCUUGGAUAUGCAGAAAGAACUAUGCAGAUACCAAAAGAGACACAUAUACCAUAUACGAUAUGUAUUGACCCAUGGAAUAAAAUAU